GUCGAUGACGAGUCCCGUGGCGCUGCGCCCGCUUUCAAAGACCUGAGCUACAACCGGGAAGCCCCAUCAUAACUCUAAUCUCUCAUUCUUUCCUCAGUACGACAGCCAGGGGUUCCAACAGCUCUUUGAAAAGUCCGACGACCAUGUCAAGUACCGCGGUUGCUCCGCCCGCGGAGUCCCCGCAGCCCCAACCUCAGCCCCAGGGCACCGCCGCUCCCGCCGCUCCCGCCGCUCCCGCCGCUCGUGCACCCGUCUCCGCUGCCACCGGCGUCAACGUGGCGCCGGAGGAGCUGCGGCGCCUCACGGCGGCACUCUGCCGGCUGAACGACGGCACGGAGGGCGAGCGCAGCGUCGUGGACACAGCGCUGGUCACCGCGCGCGCCUUCGACAGGUACCACCCGUACCGCGUCUACGGCCGCAAGGACUGGAAGGAGGACGCCGACGCCGACGCCGCAACAGCCGCAGCCCCCGCCGCCCCCGGCCACACCCCCGCCGCCUACCUGGCCGCCGCCGUCGCCCGCACCCUCUCUGGCGGCAGGUUCGGCGGCGCGCACCGCGCUCCAGCCGCCGCCGCCGGCCACACUGCUGCUACAGCCACCGGCGGCCAUGCCCACCCGCCGGCCCCCGCCGCCGCCCGCACUGUCAGCAGCAGCGGCACUUCCGCCGCCGCCGCCCGCACUGUCAGCAGCAGCGGCGCUUCCGGCGGCGCCGCCCGCACUGUCAGCAGCAGCGGCGCUUCCGGCGGCGCCGCCCGCACUGUCAGCAGCAGCGGUGCUUCCGGCGGCGCGCACCGUGCUACAGCCGGCGGCCCGCAGCAGCAGCAGCUUCCGGCCUACCACAUGCGCACCUACGGCGUGGCUCUGCGGCAGGGGGUGAUGCUGGCGCUGACGCCGCCGGGGGACUGGCACGGCGAGGCGGGCAGCUGGACGGCGGCGGCGGCGGAGGCGGCGGCGGAGGCGGCGGGCGCGGGCAGCGACGAGCCCCCCGUGGUUCGCCUAGUGCACAUCUUCCGCUUCAGCCACCCGCAGCUGUCCACCGCCGCCCUGGCCGGCGCCGAGCCACUGCCCACCGGCCCCGCCAUUGACCUGCAGGACUGCCGCCGCCCCCGCGACGACCUCUGUUUCCUGGCCCCCCGCCUGCUGGGCGCCCCCCUGCCGCCCGACCUGGCGCCCCUGAUGCUGGCGGCAGUCGGCGCCGGCAGUAGCAGCAGCAGCAGCAGCAGUGGCGGCGCCAGUGGCAGUAGCAUUCAGUGGCCGCUACAGCCUGGCGACCGCGAGGCGGCGGCGGCGGUCAGCUACGCCUUCGCGGCCUGGUUGGCUGGACCGCUGCGGGAGGCGGGAGGCGGUGGUGGUGGUGGUGGUGGUGGUGCUGCUGCUGCUACUGCUGGUGGUGGUGGUGAUGGUGAUGAGAUGGAGGCGUGGGAGGAGGGGUGGGAGAAGGGUGUUGGCGCGGGUGCGGGAGGAGGAGGAGGAGAUGGUGGUGGCGGCGGUGGGCUGGCGGCUGCUCUGUGGCGGCUGCUGGGGGGCGGGCUGCGCACCUGGCUGGGGGGUGCGGAGCGGGAUGUGGUGAGCGGGGAGGAAGCCAAGCAGAAGCAGCAGCAGGGGGAGCAGCAGCAGCAGGGCCGCGCCGCCAGCACCACAGCCGCCGCGCCUGCCGGCCCCGCCGCCGCCACAGCCGCCACCGCGGACGCGGCGGCGGGCGCGCCGCGGGCGCCGCCGGCCACUGCCGCGGAGGCUUGGGCGGAGUUCGAGCGGCGCGUGCGGGCGCGGGCGCCGGGCGAGACCGCCAGUGACGUGGAGCGGCAGUGGCUGCGCGCGAUGGGGCUCAUGGAGUAGGGCUAGCGGGGGAGUGGCGAGGAGGGUGGUGCUGAGGAGGGUGGUGCUGAGCAGGGUGGUGCUGAGAGGAGGAUAGCUGGCGGGGGGCUAGCUAGCUGGCUAAGCAUGUAUGGCUGAGGGUGAUGUAUGGUGAGCAGGGUGCUUUGGGUGGAUGCUGCCGAGGGUGCUGAGGAGCGAGGAGGACGAUGCUUGGGGUGACAGGGGCAGGCGCGGCAGGCUGCGUCGGUGAGCUCGCUGCCGGCAAGUGUUUGUGGGGCCGGGGGCAAAAUAGGCAACGCACAUAUGCAUACAUGGCCUGCCAGGUCAAUCACAUGCCAUUGCAUGGUUGCUGCGGAGGAUUGUGCACAAGUUGAGGAGUGAGUGGGACCAAGUGAAUGCGAGUUGAGACAGUACUGCAGAUCAUGUUGCAUCCCGUGGCGGCGGCUGCGCGACCAGGGGAUUAUGUCAUACAGGCCGGGGGCGGGAGGGGCACCAGCCGAGUCCUGAGAGCUGCAGACUGCAGGGUGCCGUGACAGGGUGCCGUAACCGGUGGUGGCGGUGGUGCGUGCGACCCGGCACGGUGGUGGUAGGUUGCCAUUACUGUUGCUUAAAGCGUCAUAGGUGUUGAAUCACGAGUUGCUCACCCACGCACAGAAAGGGAUAAAGUAGAGCAAGUGUCUGGGGGAUGAUCCUGCCUACACUCGUAGUCGUGGCAGAUGUGUGGAAGCUAAGGCCACCGAAUUCAUACCUA